CAAAGAGGAGCGAGAAUUAUAGUUCGCGGCAAAAGAUUUGGAUCGCUGUUUAUUUUUUGUGAAUAUUGCUUAUUCUUGAAGAUUUUAGUCUGAAUUGCUUCCAGAAAGAGCACAAAAAGCAUGGGUCGCAUAUUUCUUGCCCAUCCUGGAGGAGCUAGACUUUAUUCUUGCGCGAACUGCGACACUGCUUUGACGAAUCGAUCCCAACUAACAUCGAUGAAAUUUACAGGAGCCACUGGAAGAGCAUUCCUCUUCAAGAAAGUGGUGAAUUUGUCAUACAGUGAAGUUCAAGACAGAGUGAUGCUUACUGGCAGGCACAUGGUUCGAGAUGUUUACUGCAAAAACUGUGAUACAAAACUGGGGUGGAUGUAUGAAUAUGCAACAGAAGAGAGCCAACAGUACAAGGAAGGUCAAGUUAUUCUGGAGCGAGCGCUGGUGACUGAGAGUGAAGGAAUUGAAGAGAUUGGUGACUAGUUGACUGCUCCAUUGCAUUUCACAAAAAAUUUAAGACCAAGGAUAAUUUGUAGCACUUAUAUAGCUAAGGUAGCAAAUAGACCAAUUUCUUGAGACGUACAUUAGUUUCAGAUUGUUAAACAGUUUGAUUUUAUAUCAUAGAAAAAGGUUGUAGUUUUUCAUAUUGAUGAGACACAGUUCAGCUAACAGUUAUUAUAAUUCAAAGUGGUGGAGUACAUCAAUGAUAAAGUGUUUUCUUGACUUCUCAUGAUACAGCCACUUUCAAUGUGAAGCACAACAGUUUGACCACAUACAGUGUACAAUGACGCCCUACUGUGGCUGUUUGUCAGUGUUUGUCUUUACAUAUGAAUAGGCCAUUUUACAGUUGUGUACUUAGUUGCCAAGCCUUUGAUUCAGAGUGAGGCUCAAGAUGACCUUGUUG